CACAUCUUUCAGUCGUAUUUUCAAACGCCAAACAUACGCAACGUAGCGCGGUUGAUUCGGUGCCGUUAAAACGAUUCACUUUGUUACAUUUUGCAGCGAGCAAGCAAAGGACAUAAGGACAGUUACACUGGCAGCGCAUUGGUGAAGCAAAAAAAUAUAUCAUUUUAUGAAGUGAGAUAACAGUGUUUGUGUGUAGUCGGCCUGCAGCUGUGUCUGAUGUCUACUGGCAGCUCAAAACUUUUGUGCUUUGUUUAAAAUAAAAAAAGCAAAAAACAAAAAUAAAAAAGUAAAAAAAAGAAAUAAUAAACAAGAAAAGAAAAACGCAUAAUCCGCUUUCAUGCAAAUCGAAUAAAAGUUACCAGCUUAAAGGCUUAUGAGCCGCCUGUGACAAAAUCUGUGAAAAACAAAUUGUUGUUAUUAUUGUUGCUAGCAUUUUGUGGAUGUUAGUAUAAAAUAAAUUUCAUAAAAAAAGUGCACAAAUAACGCCAUAAACUCCACGUGGAAUUAAACUGAACAACAUGUCGACAUGAUCUUCAGUAAACGCAACAGUUAAAAUGUCAAAACAAUUAUGACAAACGCUACAUAAAAACUAUACAACCUACAACUUCCCCUAGUCUAUAUACUCCCUAAUUGAAUAUUUCACAACAAAAUACUCAAUCCCAAAAAACAUCGAAAAUUUGUAAAAAAGAAUAACACCAAAUAAUAUAUAAAAUAUAAAACAAAUUGAGGUUAGAAAAAGAAAAAUUAUUUGAAGAAUAAAAUAAUUUUGGAAAAAAGUAAAAAAUAUAUAUAACCGUUAUCUACACAUACUAGUUUAUAAAAAUUCUAGUCUAAAUUAAAGCUAAACACGCACACUUCAAGAAGUAGAGAGAUUUGUGUUGUGAAUUCAAAGCGUUAACUGCAGCGUCGUCGCCAUGGGUAAAAAGAGUUCCAAAUUGAAGCAAGACACCAUCGAUCGUCUGACGACUGAUACAUAUUUUACAGAAAAAGAAAUUCGACAAUGGCACAAAGGAUUCCUGAAAGACUGUCCCAAUGGUUUACUCACAGAGCAAGGUUUUAUAAAAAUCUACAAACAAUUCUUUCCGCAAGGCGAUCCCAGUAAAUUUGCCUCGCUGGUGUUUCGAGUGUUCGACGAAAAUAAUGAUGGCUCAAUAGAAUUUGAGGAGUUCAUACGCGCCCUCUCCGUGACAUCGAAGGGAAACUUGGAUGAAAAAUUACAAUGGGCUUUCCGGUUGUAUGAUGUUGACAAUGACGGUUACAUAACGCGCGAGGAAAUGUACAAUAUUGUGGAUGCCAUAUAUCAGAUGGUGGGUCAACAGCCGCAAUCGGAGGAUGAGAAUACGCCGCAGAAACGUGUCGAUAAAAUAUUCGAUCAAAUGGAUAAGAAUCAUGAUGGUAAAUUAACAUUAGAAGAAUUUCGUGAGGGUAGUAAAGCUGAUCCACGUAUAGUUCAGGCGUUAAGUUUAGGUGGUGGUUAAGACACGAAUGCCAACGAACGACAACACACUACGUAAACAAACGAACAGUAAAUUUAACAAAUAAUAAUUAUGAGAAACGAGAAAAGGGAAGUGUGGGCCAGCGCCAGCGCUGAAGAAAAUUUGGAUAACUAACAAUAAAAAUUAAAUAAAAUGAAGAAAAGAUAAUAAUUUCAUAAAUGGCACGCUGCAAUAGUUUUCGCUGAACUUUGAGCAAUCAGUUUUUUACAAGAAACUAGUAAAUUUUGGAAACCGAACUUUCAGUGUUAGAGAUUACUUACUUUUCGCGUAAAUAAAAAUGCAUUUUUUCCGAUACAAAAUACUUAAACAAUUAUUUUCACGCAACUUUUGCUAAAAAAAAAUUUGCAAAAAGAAAAAAAGAAACACUUUCUUUAAAAUAAAAAAAAAUAAUUAAUUAAAGUAAUAUUAUAAUAAACUUACAUAAUGAGCAAUUUAGUAAUUUUUAUUGACAACAUACAUAUAUGAGAUAAUAAUUUUUUGCAAAAAAUUUUAAUACUAGCAAAUAGUUCAAAAAACAUUUAAAAACAAGUAAUACAUAUAAACUUAUUGUGAAAAAAUGCGUUCAUUAGUAUGUAUAACUUACUAUAUACACAACAAUUGGACAGCGAAUAAAAAUUUGAAAUCAAUUAGCAAUACAAAGCGAAUACACCAAUUAUUAAGUAAUUAGCAACAAAAUAACAAAAAAAAUAUAUAUUUAAAAUUAAACUAACAACAAAAAAUUGUUUUCAUGCAAACGAAAGUGUCUAGUGAGAAUGUCAUAAAACAAGCCUUCAUUAUAUUUAUAAAUAAAUAUAAAUAUUUAUAAUUAAAUAUAAAUAUAAAAUUACAAAAUAAAUUUAAUAAUUAUUAACCAAUCAUGCAAUUGAUUAAACGUUUUAAAAAGUUAGCAAUUAGCCUUAUUGCAUAUUAGCAUGGCCUUAUGGCUUUGGCGCUGCGGAAGAUGAGCACGAUGACGAAAACAGUAGCAUACAUAUAGGCGUUAGGACAAUUAGUAGCAAAUAAUAUUUAAGUCAUAGAUAUAUAUAUAUAUAUUUAAGUAGUUGUGCAAUGAAGUUUUCGAAAUAAAGUGCGAUAUUAUAUUAUGUCGUUGCAUUACUUUUGGUAUAGGGGGAUUAGAGCAGUGUCUAAGGUUGCUCAACGCAAAGUGUAGCAUAGCUUACGCAGCCAAAAGAAUGUACAGUGGAAAAGUUCAAGGCUAUAGCAUACAUUUAGGCGAAGUUAGUUGCGGGAAAAGCGCUUGAGUGUUAGCUUUAGUGCGACAACGUGACGACCUUAGUUGAACUUUAAUGUCUCUGAUGAACUUCGCUUCUCAUCUUCGGGCUUUCACAGACAUACGCACCGACAGCACUGUGUCGUAUGCCAUCAUACUAAGAUAAUUUCUAUUCUAUGUGCGGUUCAGCUUUAUUAUUAUUUCACUAAAUUAUCAAAUAAAAUGUAUAGCAAGACAAACUACAAAUAUUUGCAAUAUUUAUUACUAACAAAAAAUACCCAUGUAUAUGAAUCAUCAUGUUCUACAAAAAUAAAUGCUUAAUACACAAAAAAAUGCUAAAAAUAAAAACCUACAACAAAUUAAAAGUAAAUUUAUAACUAACAAAAACCUCACCGAAAUUCUUCAAAAAUACAACAAAUACAGUCUGUAAAAAAUAUGUUUAACCACUAUACGAGUAUGAGCAAAUAAAUAAGUUAAAAGUAUUUUAGUAAAUUUAUAAUACAAUUAGUGCUGUUGCAAACAAUACAGUGAAAUAUACUUAUACAUAAUUGUAUAGAAAGGUAUGUAAGAAUCUCAAUUAACGCAAAAAUCUCAAUGCGCAGACAAGCUAUGGCAUGUAUGUCGACCUAAAAUUUCUUUAUAAGUAUGCACAAAAAGUAUAUUAUUCAGUUUAAACUUAUGUAAAUACUAUACGCAAUUUAAGUAAUACAAAAAUACCACCAUUGUGCUUCAGGCACAUGAAAAAUAGCAAAAUUCGUAAAAACUGUAAUUUAAAAGAAUAAAUAUUUCGCACUUAAGUGUAGUUGCGAUCGGCAUACAUACGCUAAAUAAUCAGGCAACAUUUGAACGUUAAUUUUUCCUGAUGUAAAAUUAUUGCAUAUAAAUAUUUUCUUAUUGUGUGGCACAUGCAAGAUUUUUCUUGGAACUAAAAAUAUCAAAUACCCGAAAUUUGAAAUAUUUUCAAAACUUAGAACCAGCAAUGCGUUUCUCAAAAAAAGACCUGAAAUAGUAAAGCAGUAAUGAAAAUCAGUCGCCGUAGACGUUGCUUUACCCUUUUACCCGAAAUUUUCAUGGAUGCUAAGUAAGAAAGCUUGCCACACAGAGUUCUUCAUUCAUACUAAAUAAAGAGAGUUCCCACCCCGAGUUCUUCACUCAUACUAAUUAAAAAGGGUUGCUGCAUUGAAAAUAAUUAAAUUUAUUACAGCGAACUAAUGCUUUUAAGCUUCUCAAGUCGAAAGUCGAAACUCAAAAUUACCUUUAAAAAAUUUAUUUUUAAAUUAAAAGGCUAAAACCACUUGCGAAUUCCCCAAAGUCAAUAUUUUUAGCUUAUAUGCAGCAUAUCGUGUACACAAAUAGUUGACAAUAUUCUCUAAACAUUUGAAGUAAAAUGUUUCGGAGAUAUGAUCUUAAACCUCGAAAGUCGAAACCCAAAAUGAAGUUUCAAGAAAAUGUUCCUUGAUUAAGGGUUUAUGUAUGUACACUUGUGGAUAUCCACUUCGAUUGAUAUUUUUGCUUUUGUAUCGAAUAUUUGACAAUAUUAUCCGUAAAUGUUGAAGUUGAUUCCGCUAAAAGUUUCGGAAAUACGAUCGUAUUUAAAAAAACUAAAUUUAUUAUAAACGGCUCCCAAAGCUUUAAAAGCUUCUAUCAUAAAACAGUCUUUUCAGAAGGAAAAUCUUCCGAAACACUCGAACGGAUCGAUUUAAAAUUUUCAAAUGAUCGAAAGAAUGUAGUUUUUGAUAACAAUUUGAUUGCUUAAGUCAAUCUAUGUGUAAAUAUCAUCACAAAAAUCUAAUUUUUUUAGGAAAUCGCAUAUUUUGUUAAAAAUCAAACUUUGACAAGUCCUUUGAUCAUUUUUUGUAAUUAUAAAAUUGGGUUGUAAGUUUGAAAAAAAUUUAGGCGGAAAAAUUGUUUUCACCGUUCUCACGUUUCUGUAGAGGUCCUCCUAAAGAUCGACUACGAUAUCAAGGGAAUCCAAAGCUUUAAGAGUUUCUCCCAAAGCUUAAAAAUAUUCUCCAUAAACUUUAAAAGCUUCUCCUUAAGCUCUAAAAUCUUCUUCCAAAGCUUUAAAAGCUUUUUUCACAAAACAUUCUUUUCAGAAGAAAACUUCUACAAAACGCCCGGAUCGAUUGAAUUAAAUUUUCAAAGGAAAAAUUCAGUUUUUGAUAAUAAGCCAUUCUAAGGGUGAAAUUCAUCAAAAAAAUGUACUCUUUUGGUCAAACCGCCAAUUUGUUGAAAACAAAAGUUCUGACAAGUUUCAUCAUAACAUUUUUCGUAAUUUUAGGCAGCAAAAUUGUUUUCAGUGUUAAGCACUUUUAUUGGAGGCCCUUUUGGAGAUCGACUACUAUGUCAAGGGAAUUCAAGAUUUUACAAAAUGAAUCGUCGACUUUUAAAAUAUUUUUUUAUUAAAUAAGAUGUCUUCUAAGAAAUCAUAAAAAACACAUUUGACUGACUUGCAAGUGGUUAUAACCCUUCAGUAAAGGAAGUAAACAUAAAAAUAAAAAAAUGGCAGCCUUUUGAAGCGUUCGCUAUACUAAUUAUACAAAAAUUAAAAACUUCACAAAAAAUUCUUAAUAAUAUAAUUAAAACCUCGAAGCAUUAAAAGCACAUUGCAAUUUUCCAAAUUUAAGUAAAACUUUUAGCUAAUUUUAAAAAUGUUCUAAGCACAUAAAAAUAUCACAAAUUGUUUAAAAACAUUAAAAUCAAUAUUUGAUUAUUAUAUUUUAUUUUUCAAAAUUUGAAAAUCUUAAAACCACACAUUUCAAACUACUUGAAAAUAAAGCAACUAAAUUUAUACUAAUUUUGAAAGCAAAUGCUAAAGUCAAUUCUAAUACAUACUUAUUACUAUGCUAACUGAAACUAUAAAACAACACAAAAAUAUUAAAACUAUUUGGAACUCAGAUAUGAAAACACAAAGCACUAAUGUAUGUACUACUUACUAUAACGAUACUCAUUAUUCGAAAACUAUAUUAUGUAAAUUACAUUACAUUAUAUAUAAAUAAAAUAUAUAUAUACUUAAUCAUAUUUAGUGAAGAACUAAAUAAAAAAUAAGAUAUCUUUAAAAGCAAUAUUUUAAAUUUGACUAAUAUAUAUAGUGAAGAGAAAAACAUAAAAAUAUGUAUAUAAAAAAAUUAAAAAAAUUAUUAAAAAAUGCAAAUAAUUAAGGGGAAAUCAUAAAAAGAAAAAAUUAAAAAAAUAAUAAUAAAUUAAUUAAGAAAUAAAAAUUAAAAGAAAUAAAAAAAUUAAUACAAAAAUAUAAUAAGAAAAGUAUAAUGAAAUCUAAAAUAAACUAAAAUAACGAAGAAAAUGAAAAUAUAAACACAAAAACACCACUUCGUAGGCACACUGUGUCCUGCCGAAAAUGCAAUUAAAGCAACCAAGGCAAUUUUCUUUCAAUUAUAUUACAAUCGAAUAUAAAAAACCGGUGAAAAAGCAGUGAUUACAGUGUCAAUAAUGUUGUCAAAUUGCACAACAUAACAAACAAUAUACCGAACUUACAAAAAAUAAAAAUAAAAAUAUUUGCAAAGAAUUCAAAUUUAAUAAAAAAAAAAAUAUUAGAUUAAUUUGCAACUAAAAACAGUGCAUAUUAAUAUGGCGUGUGCUGUCGAAAAAAUAUAGAAACACAAUAACUUUUGUGGCAUAUGACAAGUGUGACGUCACUGUUGCACAUUUCAUGUGCAUGCAAAUAACAGUAAAGAAAAACAAAACACGACUUCAAUUAAAAUGUAAUAUAUUUACAUACAUACAUACGAUAUUUGAAAGCGCAACAGUUUAAUAGGAACAAAAUAAAUAACAGUAAAAUUAACUAUAUUAAAACUUAUAUACAUACAAUUUUAAGGUAAUAUAAACAAAGAGCAAACAACAACAACAACAUAUAUACUUAUAUAUAUAGUACAUAAAAAUGUAUUUUUCUUAUUUUUACUCAUUUAUUUAUUAACUAAUUUAGUUUUUUGAAAUAAAUAUAUUUUGUUGUUAAUAUAUUUACUAUACAAAUUACAGUGAAAUACCAAAGAAACAAACAGUGUGGCGUGAAAUUAUUCCGAAAUAAAAUUUUCUGCAAAAAUUUAA